UCUCAAGAGUUGUCAUUACUAACAUUAUUGAAAGAGAAAAUUGCAUUUGGCAAGAAAAAGAAAAAUAAACAAAUUGAUUGCAAAACAAGUUUUAAAACCAAGAAAUCGGUUAAUAUUCGGCGUAAAAUUUAAAUAAAAAUAAAGCAAAUACAAAUGGAUUUGCUAGGGUCCAUACUCAAUUCAAUGGAUAAGCCUCCCUCCGUAAAUGAAGAACAAAAGAAAUUGAUCAAACGGCAAAAGGAAAUGGCCGAAAAGUUGAAGAACAAACAAAAGGAAGAGCUAAUGAGGUUUCGUAAAUAUGUGGAAGAACGUAUUGGGCGUUUUGCCAAAGACGAUCGUCCUCACAUAGAAUUUCAGCCGUUGGACAAAGUGCAUCGUGCCGUAAUACAUGAAGUGGCUGAAUUUGGUGGUUUCAUUGCAAUGAGCUUCGGAUGCGAGGAUGUGGAUCGGUAUUCGGUAGUUUAUAAAAAAGAGAAUGCACCCACAGAGGAUGAAAUAGCAGCCAGGCGAAAUCGUGAUGGUUGGAAUGAGGAAAUAGCUAAGGAAUAUGCUGAGAGACGUAAACAGCAACGUGAGCUGGAAAAUGAACAAAAAAGACUAGCCCGUUCUUCCGCCCAAAAUAGCAACAAUACCACAAAUAAACAAUCAAACCCGGCUCCUAUAACCGAGGCUGAAAUCAAACCAACUUUUAACUAUAAAGAUAAAUAUGCUCAUCUCAUUGGCCAAGAAGCCGCUCUUGAGGCGGCUCGAAAAACCGAAACUAAUCAAAGUUACGGUUUCGUGCCCAGUAAGAAUAAAAAAGAUGUGAGAUCUAUAGAGCAAACAUUAGCCGAUAUACAAGCUAAAAAGAGGCUCAAAUUACAGCAGCAGCAGCAAGAACAACAACAAAGGCAACAGGAAGAAGAACAGCAACAAAAUACGCAAAAUCCUGAAACACAAAAAGCAGACUCAGCUAAAAAUAGUAGCCUUGCCUCGCAACCACCUACAUCAUCGUCAACAUCCUCAUCAACGUCGUACUGAUGAAAUACUAAUGGCCAUAGUAAAAGCUACAACCAUCACAAUAUUAUAUUUCUGUUACUAUUAAUCAGCAAUUAUAUAACACAUAAAUGUAUGGCGAUGAUAAAAUUCUAUAUAUAUAAGUAUACAUACAUAUAGGAUCGAAAUGCUUUGCAAUAAUUGAACUUUUAAUAAAAUAUCAUUGAAGUGAAAUAAGAACAAAAAAAAUCAUUAAUAAAAAAUGAAUAGUUUUUA